UGUUUCUGCCCAUGCUCGCAAAGACAGGAGGAGAUCAGCCACACUGCAGCUGACGAUGUGUUGUAGUGAUGUAAUGUUGCCUGUUUGGUGACUACGGAUGGCUGUUUGUGCCAGGCUCUGCGGAGUGGGUCAGUCGCGGAGGUGCAGGCGGCGACAGCGGCAUAACCAGCAGGAUCCGGGUAGCGAUUCCGACAUGGACGAGGAAGAGGAGCGGAUCGUGGGCCAGAGGCAAGGCGGCGACGUCGGUGGAGGAGGCCCGGAGAGCGCCGUCGCCACUGCAGGGCCGAGUGACGCUUGUGAAUAUGGCAGCGGUCAUGUCAACAGAGGAGGCUGUGCAGAUCGGGCCAGCACGGGACCUCCACACCCGCAAUCGUUAACGGAUUUACCGCCGGAGCUUUUAGUGGAAAUAUUCUCCUUGCUUCCCGGAACAACACUACCAAAUGUUGCCCUCAUCUGCAAGAAAUUCAAACAAAUCCUUAACACUGAAACCAUCUGGAGAAGGCGGUGCAUGGAAGAGUUUGGAAUGAAGGAGGAUCUGAGGAAGAUGGAAGUGGGGGGAGUAUCUAGCCGGGACCUCUAUGUUAAAUGUGUCAACCCACGGGUGAAGUCUGGGCGCUUUAUGAAGCUCCUCCCGGACUACGAGCACAUGGACUAUAGAGACGUGUACACACACUUGCUUCACCCAUACAGACAUAUCUUGGGCUUAUGGCAGCCUGACAUAGGGCCUUAUGGUGGCUUGCUCAACGUUGUGGUGGACGGGCUGUUUAUUAUUGGCUGGAUGUAUUUGCCACCUCAUGACCCCCGCGUGGAGGAUCCCAUGAGAAGAAGGCCACUCUUCCGUAUCCACAUGUGGGAGAGCAACAAGGCCACUGUGGAAUGUAUGUACGGACACAAGGGUCCUCACAAAGGAGACAUACAGACUGUGAAGAAGGAUGAAUUUUCAACCAAAUGUAACCAGACUGAUCAUCACCGCAUGCCAGGGGGCCGACAGGAGGAGUUCAGGACAUGGUUGGAAGAAGAAUGGGGCCGGACACUGGAAGAAAUCUUCCAUGAGCACAUGCAGGAGCUCAUCCUGAUGAAGUUCAUUUAUACCAGUCAAUACGAUAACUGCUUGACAUAUCGGAGGAUCUACUUGCCUCCCGUGAUGCCCUCUGACCUGCUGCAGCCAGGCCUCUUCAAAGGCACCUAUGGCAGUCACGGCCUGGAGAUUGUCAUGUUCAGUUUCCAUGGGACUUCCGCGAGAGCCACCAAGCUCACUCUUCAUUGGCCGCCAUUAUUCUCAAGUUUGAAAAUGGUCUGUGGUCCCUCUCCUUCCACCAAGAUGGCAACCAAGGGAGACCCCAAUGUUCCUGCAGGGCAACUCACUCUGGAUGUUGACCUGAACCGGCCUGUGGUUCUCCCAGACUUGGAGCACCAGCGCAACAUAGAGGAGCUGUCCCGGCUGGUACAGGGGGUACACGAUGAAAUACAGAGAGAAGCAGAACAACAGGCCAAGGGUACUUCUGCCACAGUCAAAGGUGUAGCAGAGGGGGCCUGUGGUGGUCCCAGCGCAGCAGAAGGGGUGGAGGCAGACCAUGGUGCCUGUUCAGACAGCUGCCAGCCGGGCCCUAGCACCACCACUGAUCCUCCGGAAGCCCAGCCCUUCGUCUUGCCUCUGGGGGUUAUGGCUCGCAACGAGGUGUACCCUCGCACCUGCAGGAAAUGCUUCUAUGGAACCGGCCUGAUCGCUGGGCACGGCUUUACAAGUCCAGAGCGCACCCCGGGGCUCUUUGUGCUGUUUGAUGAGGACCGUUUUGGUUUCAUCUGGCUGGAGUUGAAGUCUUUCAGUCUGUACAGUCGCCUGACGGACAACCUAGCCCACGCUCACGCCCCGAACAUGGAGCGAUUUGAGGCCAUGCUGCACAACAUGCAGUCUUGGACAUCCUGAUGCACCAUGCUUUAAGCCUCCUCUCACAAUACAAUGCAUAAUAACAACCAUUAUACACAAAUCACCUCUGUCCUCUGCUGAUGUUACUAUCAUCAUAUCUCAUGACCUGAAUUCUCUAGGUUCUAUCUGUUUGUUUCACAAACAUUGAUCAUUACUGUCUAAUUAAGCUUGUUAUAUCACCACAAGAACUUUGAAAGGCCCCCCUAAGUCACUGUUUAUCACCUCAUCCCAGUAUAACCUAAAUCCUCCAGUACAGCAUGAGAACAGGUCAACUUAAAAGUUUAUUUAUUUAUUUAUUCCCCGCAGGAGAAAAGGAAUGCUGUUUCAUACAACUUAUUAUGGCUCAAACUGUACGUGCCUCUGAUUCUAAAACCAUGUCUGUACUUGGUAGUGCUUGAAGAAGAUAAAGGUGUCCAAUGUAUUCUACUAUAUAGUAUUAUACUGAUUUCGGUGCCCAACAUAUUGAAUUGCAUGCUGCAUUUUAUUUAGAUCCAAUCGUCUAACACUCAUCAACAUUAUCUGAUGUUUUAUUUUCAUUAAGCAGCAUGCCUUGCUUUUUGUUAUUUUUUUUUGCUUUAGAGACAUAUGAAUUUAAAAAAAAAAAGACAGCAUCUCAGGUGUUUCUCUUUGCCACAUGUCAGUGAAAACCAGUAUUUAUGUGUAUAUGAAGUUAUCGUUCUAUUAACUUGUCCAAUAGAAAUACUUGGUGAGUUUUACAACUGGGUACUUUUCUAAUGAUUGACGAGAGAGGAUUUGCUGUCUUAUCAACCACUGUAGCCACAUCAGCCAGCCAGGCAGCCUGAUGUUUUUUGCCCUCUGAACUUAAGACAUCUUUUUCAGUAAUAUCCUUUGGCUCAUGGUCUGAUAUCAAACAUACUUUCAAUGUCGCCACACCUGACAUAAUAUUAUGUAAAUUGGAAAGAUGUACUGCAAUAGAAUAACAUAACAUAUACAUAAGCUGGAUUUAAUCAAAAUAUCAAAAUUAUACAGUUUGUGCUUAUGUAAUAGGAUCUGAAAUAGAAACUUCUGUUACCUUUAAAAUGUAUUGCUUUUGUUGUUUGUUUAAAUGGCUUAAGUGACAUUUGCCUGGCUUUAUACCUGCAAAGCUAUUCCCUCCAGUUUAAUUCAAACUUGAGACCAGGUUAGCUGAACAUUAUACAAACUAACAGCUCAAAGUGCAUCUCAAAGUACCAAGAAAGUGUCUCUGUGUCUCAUUAUGGCCUGAUGGUGAUGCCCAGUAGCUUUCCUACUUCAAGUGCACUUUUCUGGGCAGUAUAGUGAAUCAUUCAGAACCACUGGCCAGCCCUUUUAUAUCAAACUGCAGCUUUACUAACAUUUGCAACAAAAAAAAGUGUCAGCUAAAGCAUCAUCAGCUUCAUUUUAUCACAUUGUAUUAACUUUCUCUCAAAUUACACUUAUUUUAUACAUUAUCCUAUCUGUAAGUCCUGUGCACACAGCUUUUUGAAUGAUUUGCCUUUGAAAAGUGUUGCUUUGUACUAUUUUCAAUGCUAUACGCCACACAAUUUUGUGGAAAACAAAACAAAGUUUGACCUAUUGAACUGCUCACAUCAGACUUCAGGGAGCUUUUCAGCUUAAACGCUCUUCUCAGUAAUAAAAAGUACAAAACUGAAAAGAA